AUGCCUAUUUCCAUUAAAACAGUUCGUGCAUUCACCGAUGGGAUUCCGUGGGCGAAAAUAUUCAAGAAAGCCGAGAAUACGACCAAAGGGCAGCGUCUCUACCCGUCCCAGAGUCAUGAUCAGAAGAAGAACUUCAGAUUAGACAAAGGUGCAACCCUCAGCGAAAAUCAACAGGAAAUUAUUCUUCAAGCGAACAAAGGGGCCGAAAACGCAGAGGUGAAGAAAGAAGCUCAAAAAGACAGUCACAGGAUUCUGGCAAAAUGCGUCAUUGAUCCGAAUGAUGUGGACGCAGAAAAGGCGAAGGCGGACUUGGAAGCUUCUUUCAAGGCCAACAACUAA